AUGGGUGAGUUCUGAUUUAUAUAAAAAAAGCUGAAAAAAAUUGAUCACAAAAUUUGAAAAAUUUUUGAGUCUGAUAUUUUUUUCAAUGUAUCUUAAAAAUGUACAUCACAAUUUUUUUGAAAAAAAUUUUUCAUAGCGAGAAAAAAAUCAAAAAAAUUUCGAAUUUACAUACGGUUUUUCGAGCUCAUUUUUUUGUGUUUCAUUGCAAGUAUUUCAUCAAUAUUCAGUAAUUAAAUUUUUUUGUUGAUUAAAUUUGUCAGAACGAGUUUUCGAAUAAAAUUAUUUUUGAUUUGAGUCAAAAUUUGAAGGCGCUGAGGAAAGUCACCACGUCGGAGAAGAAAUGCCGGAAGAAGUCAAGCAAGAGCCGAAAAUAGUUCUGGUGACCGGUGGAACUGGCCUUGUGGGAAGCGCUAUUCAUCAGGUUUAUUUUCAUAUUUUUUUAAUACAAUAUUUUUUUACCUUUUUUUCAACUUUUUCAGAGAACUUUUUUUAGUACGAUCAAUUUACCCCUAACUUUUGACCAGAAACUAAAAAGCGGCUGUAGAAAUUGAAAAGCUCGAUGGUGAACGGAAGUUGUUUUGAAUAGCAUGUUUAAUUUCAUUGAUUAUCUCAUCAAAUUUUUUCUUGCACUGCCAGACGUCCCGAAAAAGUAAAAAAAAAAAGAGAAAAAUUUAAGGUUGUCAACUCAUCUGAAAAGCGCGAGGACGAGAACUGGGUUUUUAUCAGCAGCCGAGACUGCAAUUUGGAAGAUCUCAACGAAACGAGGUUUCUUUUAUAACCCAACAUUCAAAGCUUAAUUUUUGGACUUACAAUUUUUUUUUUUGAGAGCCCUCUUUGAGCGCGUCAAACCAACGCACGUCAUCCAUUUGGCGGCGAUGGUCGGCGGAUUGUUUCACAACCUCGCGCACAACUUGCAGUUUUUCAGAAGGAACAUGGUUCAUCUGAGGAUUUCCUGAAGGCCAUUUUCUUAUAUCGAAAGUUUCAGGCCAUCAACGACAAUGUUCUUGCCAUGUGCCACGAGUUUGACGUGAAAAAGUGCGUUUCUUGCUUGUCGACGUGCAUUUUCCCGGAUAAAACAACGUAUCCCAUCGAUGAAACCAUGGUAUAAUUACUUUUCAGUCCAAAAAAAGGAAAAAUCGAAGAAAUUGCUUUUCAGGUUCAUCUCGGUCCUCCACAUGAUUCCAACUUUGGUUAUUCCUACGCCAAGCGAAUGAUCGACACCCUGAACCGUGGUUACGCCCAGGAACACGGCCGAAGGUUUUCCUCAAUUAGAUAUUCGGUACUGUUCACUUCAGCUUAGUCGAAGUGGAAAUCGUGAGGAUUCUUUAGUAAAUUUAAGAACUUGUUAUGAUGGGAUAUUGUUAUUUUUAGAUACACUUCGGUGGUCCCUUGUAACGUGUUCGGCCCUCACGACAACUACAACCUCCAGGCCGGACACGUCCUUCCGGCGUUGAUCCACAAGGCCUACGUCGCCAAACGCGAUGGAACUCCUCUUCAAGUCAGUUUUUAUUAGAGAAAAAAAAAACUAGAAAUCCGAAUUUUUAAAAAAUUCAGUCAUUGAAACAUUUGCAGGUUUUUGGAACGGGUCGUCCUCUUCGACAGUUCAUUUACUCUCUUGAUUUGGCCCGUCUUUUCAUUUGGGUUAUGAGGAGUUACGAUGUUUGUUUUGAUGAAAAUUGUACUUUUUCUAAAUAUAUUCAUGUUCCAGCAAGUCGAUCCCAUCAUUCUAUCCGUAGGUGAGGAAGAUGAAGUCUCGAUUUCCGAUGCCGUCAAUGCCGUAGUUAAGGCCAUCGGCUUCCAGGUAGAUAUACCAAUUUUAUGAAGCUACGGUUAUCCCAAUCGGCGAGUCCAAUUUUGGUUUUACCAGCUGGAAACGCUGAAUUUCGGGCUGCCAGUUAGAAGCUUCAAGCUUGGGUUCGCCAGUUGGAAACUCUGAUUUUCGGACUGCCCUUUGUCAUAUCCAAUCUGAGAGCUGUCAGCGGAAAGUUUCAAAUUCCAAAUUUGGACUGCCACUUGAAAUCUCUAAGCUUGAGACUGUCAGUUAAAGUUUUCAAACCUGAGACUCUUGCCUAUUAUUUAAUAGUUCACAGACCGUAAUAUUCGUUGAUAUAAAAACUUUUAUAACUUGAAAAGUGAAGAUUCCAUCUCAAAAAAAAGGUUUAUAGCAAAAACUAGGAGAACCUCUCAUAAGCCCCCCUGAAUUUCUGAACUUUAUCAAAACCAAGGUUUAGGGAGAAGUGGCCUACGAUACGUCACGGGCCGACGGACAGUUCAAAAAGACGGCGUCGAACGGAAAACUCCGACGGCUAUUGCCCGACUUCCAAUUCACGCCCUUUGAAACGGCCAUCAAGGAGAGUGUCGAAUGGUUUGUUGACAACUAUGAGACGGCAAGAAAAUAG